UUAUAUUUUUAAAGAUUAUUGUCGAGUCCAAGGCCAAGAGAGAAGGGGAGGGAAGUAAAGCAGCCAAGGCGCGUCUACUGAGCGAGCUUUCCUCGGCUGUACCCCUCUCCGCCUCGCAGCUCCCCCAGAUCCAAAACCCAAGCGCGUGCCCGCCCCCGGAAUCCAAACCCUAGCAGCGCCGCCCGCUCCCUGCCUGCGAUGAGGGGCCUCCGGGCGGACGCCGGCGGCAGCGGCGGUGGCUCAUCCUCGUCGGCCUCCACCGCAGAGAGCUCGCGCUUCGACUCGGGGCAGUACUCCUUCUUCGGCAAGGCGCCGCUGGAGGGGCUGGAGCUCGGCGGCAGCAUGGCGGAUGACGUCGGCCUGGACAGCGGCUAUGGCGGCGGCUUCGGUGGGCACGAUGAUGGGGCAUACCAGCUGUCUCCUGUGGGGGAAGAGAUUGAUUGCAUGAGUAACUUGUCUGAAAUUGAUGAUCUUGCAAGCACAUUCGCAAAGUUGAACCGAAGUAUUGGUGGAACAAGGAAUCCUGGUGUUAUUGGUGAUAGACGAUCAAUUUCCAGGGAAAGUUCUUUGACUACCGACUGGGCCCAGGAAGCAGAGUUCUCGAAUUGGGUGGAUCAUGAUAUACUGGACAGCGAUGAAUUUCAAGACAGCAAACAAUUGUGUCCACAGCCACAGUAUUUGCCUCAGUUUGGAGAGUCAAAACCAUUGAGCCGAACAUCAUCCUAUCCCCUGGAGCCACUACAACACCGCUCCAGUGAACCUAUUCUGGGACAUAGAUCUCCUUCAUUUACAUCCUAUCCUCCACCAGGUGGUGGUGGAUUAUCUUAUCCUGCACAAGGUCUUACGCGGCACUCGAGCAUUCCAUCACCUGGUGCUGGUUACCAAAUGGGUUCUCCAAGUUCGUCACUUACUGGUUCUCCAUAUAACAUGACUGGUCUACCUCAUGGACUGCGGUUGGGGCGAAGCAUGUCUUACACUUCUGCAGAUCUAUACGCAAACAACUUGCUGCAAAACGAAUGGCCAAAUCAAGCUGGUUCGCAUGCUUUUGAGCAUCUUAAUCUACAGCCCAGUUUAUUGCAGCAACAACUAUCUUUUCCGGGCAGUUCAAUGUCUUCUUUGCUAUUUUCUCAGCAGCAACAGCAGCAGCAGAGGUUGUCACUAGUUCAACCGCCUCAUCACAAUUACCUAAACAUGCAGCCUCACUUGUAUCACCAUCAUUCCCCAGAGAUAAUAGGCAGGUUUGAUCAUAUUCCUAGUGUGCCUUCACCAAGGGACAAGAGAUCAAGGUCAGGAAGAGGAAAACACAGUAUACGCUUUUCUCAACAACAAUCUGAUACAGCUAGCCAGAAUGUUGACACUGGAGGAACAAAAUUCAGAUCAAAGUAUAUGUCAUCCGAAGAGAUUGAUACUAUUUUAAGAAUGCAGCACUCUGGCAGUCACAGCAGUGAUCCUUACGUCGAUGACUACUACCACCAAGCUUGUAUAGCCAAAAGAUCUGUCAAUUCUCAGAAGAAGGUGAAUUUCUCCCCCGCGUCAAUAAAAGACUCCCACUCAAAGUCUAGGUCUGGUGGUGAUCAGCAUUCAUACCUGAAGGUUGAUUCUCUUGGAAGAGUGUCAUUCUCUUCCAUACGUAGGCCUCGCCCUCUUCUUGAAGUUGAUAUUCCUGCAUCUGGUGAUGGUCACAAGUCAUCUACGAGGCCACUGGAGAAAGAGCCAAUGCUGGCAGCCAGAAUUACCGUUGAGGAUGGUAUAUGUCUUCUUCUAGAUGUAAAUGAUAUUGACCGUGUGUUACAGUCUAGCCAGGCACAGGACAGCAGCUUCCAACUGAGGCGAAGGCGGCAGGUCCUCCUUGAAGGCUUAGCUACAUCACUUGAGCUUGUCGACCCUUUUGGCCCCAACAAACCUGGCAAUUCAUCUGGAUUGGCCCCGACGGAUGACCUUAUUUUUCUCCGCAUUGUUUCUCUCCCUAAAGGACGCAAGCUCUUGGCACGGUAUCUCCGACUUCUUGCCCCUGGAAGUGAGCUGACCCGCAUAGUUUGCAUGGCUAUCUUUCGGCAUCUUAGGAGCUUGUUUGGGGGUUUGCCGUCAGAUUCUGGUGCUGCAGAAACAACAGUUAGUCUUGCCAAGACCGUGUCCUCCUGCGUGCAUCACAUGGAGCUCAGUGCCCUUAGCGCCUGCCUCGCCGCUGUUGUCUGCUCAUCGCAACAGCCACCUCUCCGCCCUCUUGGCAGCUCAGCUGGUGAUGGUGCUGCUCUAAUCAUCAAAUCAGUACUGGACAGAGCAACUGAGCUACUGGCCGACCCCCAUUCUGCAGCCAACUACAGCAGGUCAACCCGUUCGCUUUGGCAGGCGUCGUUCGAUGCCUUCUUUGGGCUUCUGACGAAAUACUGCGACAGCAAGUACGGGAGCAUUCUGCAGAGGUUCAGCAUGCAGGGAUCCAACUCAAUGGCUGGACCUGAAGCCUCGAAAGCCGUCAGCAGGGAGAUGCCCGUCGAGCUACUGCGUGCAAGCCUUCCGCACACCAGCGAAGAACAACGCCAGAUGCUUCUUGACUUUGCUCGGAAAUCCAUGCCCGUGAUCGGCUACAACCACUCCGGCGCUAGGGGCGGGCAUUCUACUACUUCCAAACCUGUUCCCGGUUAAAAGUACAUGUGCUGCUUGUCUUUCAGAUGGUGAUUACAGAUAGACACGCUUCCUGCUUCGCAAGAUGUGUGAGCUUGGAGAAGUUCCGUUGGCUCCGUGUCGAAAGUUAGCGUUCCUGAGGCUGUGACUAGGAUCGAGGUUAAUUUAAUAGAACCAGCAUUCUUCUUCAGGUGGGUGUAUGAUUCCCCGCCUGAUGGCUAUAUAUCCAUGACAGAUUGUCCAUGUAUGUACCCUGUGUUGUAACUGUGCAGUGAUGGACCAGAUGGAAACCUAGUUUUAACCCUUA